AUGUACUGGAAGACUACCAUUGCAGCUGCCUCUGCUGCCUUGCUUGUCGGUGUCAAUGGUGCCGCAACCACUAAUUACACCAGCUCCACUGAUCCCACCAAAAUCACUAUCCCUGACAUCCCUCAAACUACCUCUCAAGAUCCUACCCAAGAGUGCGCUUGGUACGAUUCCGAAUUUGCAUACGACAAGGCUACAUGGCCCACCGUAUGGGAAGUAGCCACAAGCAAUGGCAUGAACACUAGCGCCGAGUUCCAAGCCUUGUAUGAUUCAAUUGAUUGGUCAAAGGCCCCCAAGAUCGAUCCUAGAACGCUUGAUGCUGCAGGUGGUCUUAAUAUGACAGGCUAUGAUCCCAAGGAUCCUGAUUGCUGGUGGAGUGCUUCCCAAUGUGUUCAACCCAAGUUGCCUGAUGUCAAUGCUGAUAUCUAUGCUUGUGAUGAGCCCGAGACUCUUGGUUUGACUUUCGAUGAUGGUCCCAACUGCUCCCAUAAUGCUUUUUACGACUUUUUGCAAGAAAAGAAGCAAAAGGCAUCCAUGUUCUACAUUGGUUCCAAUGUCCUUGCUUGGCCCUAUGGUGCCCUCCGUGGUGUCAAGGAUGGUCACCAUAUUGCUGGCCACACAUGGUCUCAUCAACUCAUGACCACUUUGUCUAACAAGGAAGUCCUUGCCGAGCUCUACUAUUCCACCAAGGCCAUCAAAUACGUCUCCGGAUUGACGCCCCGUUAUUGGCGACCUGCUCAAGGCGACAUUGAUGAUCGUGUUCGUUGGAUUGCCACUCAGCUCAACCUUACUGCCAUUCUCUGGAACAUUGAUACUGAUGAUUGGGCUGCCAAUGCUGUUCCUGGUGUUACUACUGAAACUGUCGAGCAAAACUACAAGGACUUCAUUGAGAUGGGCAAGAACGGUACCUUUAGCCAAAGUGGUGCCAUUAUUCUUUCUCACGAAAUCAACAACAUGACCAUGUCCAUGGCUAUGGAGAACCAUGAUGCUCUUGCCAAGGCCUACAAGCAUGUUAUUGAUGUUCCUACUUGCAUGAACAUUACUAACCCCUACGUUGAGAAUUCCGUUACCUUCCCCACCUUUGAUGAAUAUGUCAAGUCUGCUUCUUCUGGUAGCAAGAGCAAUGGCGAUGGCAAGAAGAAUGGUGAUGGUACCUCUACCUCUGGUGAAGCUGUCAAGAAGCAAUCUGCUUCCGGUGAUGAUGAAAGCGCAGCUGCUGGCAACAUGAUGGUCAAUGGUCCAUUGCUUAUUGCUGCUUUGUUUGCCGUGGCCGCUUUUGCAUAA